AGACUUUGGCAUGGUUUAACAGAGACCCUUCACUAUCUCCUGCUAAUGUUUAAUACACGAGAAUCAUCCAGUUUAAUAGUGUAUGGAUUUUGCUUUUUUUUUUUUGUUGCGUCUUUUUCUAUCCACCAAUGACUUUGAGCUUUGCCAUAUUUUAGAAUUUUGGAUAAAGCAGCUUUGUCUUGGAUGUUGUUUGUCCCUACAGCAAAACGUCCAAAUUUGCCCAGUUGAUCCCGUGAGCUGCAUGAAUCGAUUCCCUCUUCUCACUAUUAACGACCAACGACUUCCCCAACUUCUUACAUUCAAUUGCCUAUAAAUAACAAACCUUUCUUAAAAUAUACUAUCAAGAGUUAAAAAAACAAUGGCUUCUGCUACUAAAUUUUCAAUAAUGUUUCAGCUUCUUGUCUUAAUUCUUUGUUCUCCUUGCCAGUUUUGUUCUGCCUUCACUUCGCAAGAUUAUACUGACGCUCUUGAAAAAUCCAUCCUUUUCUUUGAGGGUCAGCGGUCAGGUGCAUUGCCGCCUAACCAGAGGCUACAAUGGAGGGGCAACUCUGGGUUGUCUGAUGGCUCAACUUAUCAUGUAAACCUAGUUGGUGGAUAUUAUGAUGCAGGAGAUAAUAUCAAGUUCGGGCUUCCAAUGGCCUUCACUACUACAUUGUUGGCAUGGAGUGUUAUUGAAUUUGGCAAUUCAAUGCACAGCCAGCUUGAGAAUGCCAAAGCUGCUAUCCGUUGGAGCACUGACUACCUUUUAAAAGCAGCCACUGCCACUCCUGGCACUCUAUAUGUUCAAGUUGGAGAUCCAAACUCGGAUCAUAAGUGCUGGGAAAGGCCUGAAGACAUGGACACACCACGCAAUGUCUACAAAGUAACCACUCAGAACCCCGGAUCCGAUGUUGCUGCUGAGACAGCUGCUGCAUUGGCUGCUGCUUCAAUUGUUUUCAAAGAUUCUGACCCUUCUUACUCUUCGAAAUUACUUCAGACAGCAAUGAAAGUAUUCGAUUUUGCAGAUAGAUACAGAGGUUCUUAUAGUGAUUCUCUCAAUUCAAUAGUCUGUCCAUUUUAUUGCUCUUACUCAGGAUACCAGGAUGAGCUUCUAUGGGGGGCAUCAUGGAUUCACAGAGCCUCACAGAAUGGCUCAUACUUGGGUUACAUUCAGUCAAAUGGUCAUACUCUGGGUGCCGAUGAUGAUGACUACUCCUUUAGUUGGGAUGACAAGCGAGCUGGGACCAAGAUUCUUCUUUCCAAGGGAUUCUUGGAGAAACAAACAGAAGAAUUUCAGAUAUUUAAAGCACAUUCAGACAACUACGUGUGCUCUCUAAUUCCAGGAACUUCUAGCUUUCAAGCCCAAUAUACCCCUGGGGGGCUUCUGUACAAAGCAAGCGAAAGCAAUCUGCAGUACGUAACUUCAGCAGCUUUCCUCCUCUUAGCAUAUGCAAAUUAUCUAAGCUUAAAUGGAGGAGUAGUGACAUGCGGGAAUGCGAAAGUAACAGCAGAGGCACUCAUAUCACAGGCAAAAAAGCAGGUGGACUACAUAUUAGGUGAUAAUCCAGCAAGGAUGUCUUAUAUGGUGGGAUUUGGAAGCAGGUACCCUCAGCAUGUUCACCACAGAGGAUCUUCUUUACCAUCUAUACAUGCACAGCCUAAUCGCAUUCCCUGCAACGAUGGGUUCCGAUAUCUCUACUCUUCUUCACCCAAUCCAAACGUCCUUAUUGGAGCCAUAAUUGGUGGUCCUGAUAACAGAGAUAAUUUUGCAGAUGAUCGGAACAACUACCGGCAAUCCGAACCAGCCACUUAUAUUAAUGCACCAUUUGUUGGUGCACUUGCUUUCUUCUCCGCCAAAAGCUAAAAGAACAUCUCAGUAACUAGUAGUAUUCUCCAAUGUAAUGUCAGGAAAAUAUACUCUCACUUGUAAGCUAUAAGAGAAUAUUAAAUACAUUUGAGAUUCAGGACA